AUGUUCGGCUGCUGUACUUGCGAGAGGGCCACCCGUGCCGAGGCGGUUGCCAAAGUAGCACCUGCACCGUCUGCAUCGGCUGCAGCGGCACCCGCCUCUGCCUCUGGCCGUGGCAAGCGCCGCUCGGUGAAGGCUGCCAAGGACACACCCAAAACAGAUGUGAAGGAUGAACCUGCUGCAGCUGUGCUCUCUGCUGCGGACCAUGUGCAGGCUGAUGCCAAUCUCAAAACUAGCGUUCCAGAAGCUGAUGGCCAAGAACCUGAGGCUGCGGAAGUGCCGGAAGCUCCUGAUGCCAGCGAGAUGCCAAAGCGCACGCACCGGCGGAGCCAUUUCAUUCCCAGCAGUGCGGCCGCUGCAGCGGGAGAGGCAUCCCCUUUGUCGGCAGAGCUUGACGCGGGCAAGCAGGCGUCGCCAGUGGCAGAUCCCACCGGCAGCUUCGAAGGCACUCACAAAGUCCUGCUGGGAGUGACCAAGACCGUUCAUGGGUCGACUCCACUGGUCGAGUCUGAGUUCAAGGAGAAGUUUGUGGAGCAAUCUGGAUGCGACAGCGAGUCAGCUGCAAGGUCCCGCUUCUUGAAAGCCGGGGUAGCCAUCAGCUGUGCAAAGGGCAUGAAGCCUGGAACUCCCAAUCAGGACAACUUCUUUGUCACUGACUGUGGAAACUUCCUUCUCUGCUGUGUCGCAGACGGCCAUGGCUCUGCUGGCCACUGGGUAUCUCACUGGACCUGCAAAUUUGUUUUGAGGAUGAUGUUAGAGCAGAUGGAGAAGGCAAAGUCCUUGCCUACGACGAAAGCCAUGAUGGAGAUCUUUGAGAAAGUGCACAAGGAGGUGAUUCGCACUGCCAACUCUGAGAAGUUUGAAGUCGGGUUGUCGGGCACCACCUUGUCGGUCGCAGUCAUCGACCGGGAGAAGCGGAAGAUUCUGCUUGCUUGGGCCGGAGACUCUCGCUGUGUGCUUGGGCGGCCUGUGAAGAAGGGAGAAGCUGGGUGGGAGGAUCAGCCGAUCACAAACCAAACGAUCCGAAGGAGCUCAGCCACUGAAAUUGAAGAGGAACCAACAGAUGCAACAGCAAACACCGAAGAUACCGAAGCACGGCCCGCAGAGCUCUGCCAGGAGCGGCGGCGUGUGGAGGAACAGGGUGGCGAGGUGCUGCUGCUCCCUGGUGAUGUGCCACAUCGAGUCUUUGCCAAAGGUAAAGAGAUUCCUGGAUUGGCAAUGUCCCGCUCCAUUGGCGAUUUGGCUGGGCACAAAGCUGGCAUCAUCCAUCAGCCUGGCAUCGAGUGGUUGGAUUUUCAAAAAGAUGAUCUUUUGCUUUGCUGCUCCGAUGGUGUCUGGGAGUUCCUCAGCAAUGUGGAGGCCCUCAACAUUGUGUCGCAGGUCGGGAAAAAGAACGCGGCGGACGGAGUGCAGAAACUAUCUGCAGAGUCCCGUAGAUUGUGGUUGGCAGAAGCAGAUGACUGCUGCGAUGACAUCACAGUCAUUGCGGUUUGGCUCAGCUGACAGCUGGAGAUCCAGCAGAGUAUACCGCCGGACCGAAAGUUAGAAUGCCGUUUUGGAAAAAUUACAUGGACGGCAGGCAUUCUAACGCGGAGAGGCAUUCUAAGCCUAUUUAUUUAGUCCCG